AUGCCAUCCGGCACUGUUGCAUACAGAGCAUCUUCCAAUUCCGGUUUGUAAGACUGAAAGUAGGAAAGUUGCACCAUGUCGAUUCUACAGAAAAUAGCUGAUAUUGAGGCCGAGAUGGCUCGGACUCAGAAGAAUAAAGCUACAAGUGGUCAUUUGGGCUUAUUAAAAGCCAAAUUGGCUAAACUGAGAAGAGAAUUGAUUGAGCCAAAGGGUGGAGGAGGUGGAGCCGGUGAAGGUUUUGAUGUUGCUAAAACUGGUGAUGCAAGAAUAGGUUUUGUUGGAUUUCCAUCUGUUGGUAAGUCCACAUUGUUAAGUAACCUAGCAGGAGUAUAUUCAGAAGUUGCAGCCUAUGAAUUCACCACACUUACAACUGUGCCAGGUGUCAUUAGGUAUAAAGGAGCAAAAAUACAGCUUCUUGACUUGCCAGGUAUUAUUGAAGGUGCUAAAGACGGUAAAGGAAGAGGCAAACAAGUAAUUGCUGUUGCAAGAACAUGCAGUUUGAUUUUUAUUGUGUUGGAUGUUCUGAAACCACUGCAGCAUAAGCGCAUUAUUGAACGAGAAUUGGAAGGAUUUGGUAUCCGGCUGAAUAAGGAACCUCCAAACAUUCAGUUUAAGAAGAAAGAUAAGGGAGGAUUAAACCUGACAUCACUUGUUCAACAAAGUGAGUUGGACACAGAUCUUGUGAAAACAAUUCUUAAUGAGUACAAGAUCCACAAUGCUGACAUAACAUUAAGGUAUGAUGCCACAACAGAGGAUCUCAUUGAUGUCAUAGAGGGAAACAGGGUCUACAUUCCUUGUAUAUACCUUCUGAAUAAAAUUGAUCAAAUUUCCAUUGAGGAGCUAGAUAUUAUUUACAAAAUUCCUCACACUGUUCCCAUAUCUGCACAUCAUAAGUGGAACUUUGAUGACUUAUUGGAGAAAAUGUGGGAUUACCUUAAGCUUGUCAGGAUUUACACAAAACCCAAGGGCCAGUUGCCAGAUUACACUUCCCCAGUUGUUCUGAAAGAAGGCAAGAGUUCUGUGGAGGAUUUCUGCAACAAGCUACAUAGGAGCAUCAUCAGAGAAUUUAAAAUUGCUCUUGUGUGGGGCUCUUCUGUGAAGCACUGUCCACAGAGAGUUGGUAAAGAACAUAUACUAAAUGAUGAGGAUGUUGUACAAAUCAUUAAAAAAGUUUAACAGGUGCACCAUGUUAAUGUUUGAGGUGAAUUCUUUGACAACCAUGUUUGAUUCAAUGACUAUAAGUCAUCUGCUACUGACUGCUAUGCUCACUAUGUCUCAGAAUUUUUUUCCUGUUUUUUUCAUUAAUACUUCGGCUAAUAAUGAUGUAGUAGGUGACUAGAAAUAUAGAUUUUUUUCCCCUUCAAAGUCAAAAUGGCUAGAAUGUUUUUUGUACUUCUCUCUAUGAGUUGAGGUUAGAAUUUUUAAAAAAUUCAGAAAUUCAGAGACUUAAGGAUAUUGUGUGAACUAGAUACAAGCAUUGAAAAACAUUGGUGUUUUAAAACCUGUUGGUUAUGGGAAACAUAAAGGAAGGGAAAUAACUUUCUUUUUUUUAAUUAUUGUCCCUUAUAAAUGUUAAAAUACAAAUGAAAAUGAUGAAGUGAUAUUUUGAAUUAAUUUUUAUGAUGAAUCUUGACUGUUGUUGCAUUAAUAAAUACAGUUGGUGAUCAUGA